UAAUGUGGGUUCGGCUGAAUCGACGUAUAAAGAAGACGAAGAAGCGUAGACGUAAAGAGGAACAGGCACAUGUAUAGUUAGUAUUCUAAGAUUUGCUCUUAGAGAUGAUAGUCUGACUGUGUUGUGUAUAAUGGACGUAGCUAAACUAAACGAGUAUGCACAGAAAGAGCGCUUGGAGCUGAGAUAUGAGGACGUCGGAUCUGUUGGCCCUGAUCACAUUAGAACAUUUACCGUAAGAGCAUUCGUGAAUGGUACGGCGUAUCCCGAUGGCAUGGGGAGUAACAAGAAGGAAGCCAAACAGAGUGCAGCUAGCAAUGCCCUGAAGUGCUUGUUGGAGGAAGCAGUUGACCGUACAGAAAAUGCGGCUGAAGCUUCUGCUGCUCCGGUUCAUCAGACAAGUAUCAUUCAACCCAACUACAUAUGUUGGCUCAAUGAACAUGGUCAGAAGAACAGGCUGAUUAUAAAGGCUGUGGAGUCAAUAAGACCAGGACCAAAUAAUGCGACUCUAUGCUGUUGCUUCGUGGUUGGUGAUAAAGAGUAUCCAGCUGCCUCUGGGAAAACAAAGAAGGAAGCUAAGGAGGAAGCAGCCAAGCUUGCUUAUCAUGACAUAUGUGGCAGUAAAACUACAGAGGUAUCUUUGUUGUCCGAUGACGGUGCGCCAGCCAGUCUGUCCACAGCACCAAGCACAACGGAGUCACGUGAUGCUAAAUCUAAAAGUGUGCCAACGACUACAAAUGCAUCCAGUCCUCCUGGGGAUCAGAUUCAAAGUCCUGGUGUGAAGCCAAGAAUAAGAAUUGCAGCAAAUUUCCAAAAUUCCCCCAGAAACAGCAAAGAGGAUAUGGCCAAUUUCACUGGCAAGAAAACAGAAAAUAGUCCGAGUAAGAAAACAACAACCCAGUCAGUGAUCUCAAGGUUUACAUCUGAAUUUGACUCCAUAGUUUGCCUCGGCAAAGGAAACUUUGGUCAUGUUUUUAAGGCAAAACUAAAACUGUUGAAGAAGUAUUAUGCUAUAAAGAUUGUCCGCUGCAAAGAGAUCAAAAAAGUUAUACGGGAGGUGACGGCAUUAUCUGACCUCCAUCACAGCAAUAUUGUUCGAUACUACACGUGUUGGUUGGAGGAUUCAGGAUACCAAUGGGACAGUGCAGACGACAGCUGCAGCUCUUCACUGUCGACCGGUAAUUCACCGGUAAAGUUCUUCUAUAUUCAGAUGGAGUUGUGUGACACCAAAACAUUAAGAGUUUGGAUAGACGAGAAAAAUGUUCAGAAUGUGAAGAAAUCUCUGCGAGACUCCAAGAGAAGAGAAGAAAGUCUAACUAUUAAUCAGCAAAUAGUCAAUGGAGUCGAGUACAUUCACUCCAAGAUGCUCAUCCACAGAGACCUGAAGCCUGCCAACAUCAUGUUUGGGCAAGAUGGAGAGGUGAAGAUCGGAGACUUUGGUCUGGUCACUGAUGAGAACGACGACGAUGCUGAGAACCUGAUCGAGAGAACGGUGUACAAAGGAACCCCGUCAUACAUGGCACCUGAGCAGAAGAGCAGGAGCAGCAUUUAUGACCGAAAAGUGGACAUAUUUGCUUUGGGGUUGAUAUAUUUUGAACUCCUUUGGAACGUUGGCCAUGAAAGAAAAGCGAUUUGGGAUGAUGUCAGAAACCAGAAACUUCCUCAAGGAUUUCCACCCAACUUUCCCCUGGAGAACAAAAUCAUUCAGUCAAUGCUGUGUGUGAAGCCAGAAGACCGACCUGAAGCAAGUAAACUAAAGAUGGACUUGGAAGAGUGCACUCGUACACUCACAAUGCUUAAAGAUAUGUGCCGCGACGGUAAAACCUUCAUGGAAAGUGGAAACUAUAUCGCUAGACUAAACGAGCACGUUCAGAAAACAGGAUCUAAACUGCUCUACGAGGACGUUGAGUCUGCUGGUCCCAGCCACAAUAAAACAUUCACCCAGAGGGUAGUCCUAAAUGGCAAAGUCUAUCCCGGUGGUGUGGGGAAGACGAAGAAGAUAGCCAAGUUUAAUGCAGCUAAAAAUGCCCUGACAGGCCUAUUUGGGAGCGAACAUCAGGACUCUGAUGACACAACUGCAGAUGAGAGUAACAACUCUACAGCAGCUCAACAACAGGAGGAACUAGAUCAACUUGUUUCUAAAACCAGUGAUAUGACAAGAAACCUGAGUGUGAGCUCUCAGGACAACAGCUUUAAAGAGAAGAAUUAUAUCGGAUUAGUUAACCACUACUGUCAGAAAAAAAACAUCUGCCAUACAUUCGUUAAAGAGGAGAGAUCCGGUCCAGCUCAUAUUCCUCGAUUCUUCUAUAAAUUAGUAAUUGACAACAAGGACUACCCUGUGGCUGAGGGUAAGACUGCCAAGGAAGCCAAACAAAAUGCAGCUCAGUUGGCAUGGACUGCUCUUCCAGAACAGACAGACUCCCCAGUCAGCAAGGUGUCCGUCAGAUCAACAGUGUCCGAAGGUGGUGCACCAUCUUUGUUGUCAGAGCCAUCAACUCCACUGGAAUUCAAUGAAUCAUCAUCACAAAGCACGAGUCACUCAAUAAUAUUCAAAGAUUCAUCAAACUCUUUCGAAGCUCAGCAUGCUGUAAAAGACAAGAAUGUGGGAAAUAGUCAGAAUGGGAUAUCCACCCUGUCAAGGUUUACUUCAGACUAUGAUUCCAUGGAGCGUCUUGGCAGCGGAGCCUUUGGUCUUGUUUACAAAGCGAGAAAUAAACUGCUGAAAAAGUAUUUUGCAGUAAAGAUUGUCCUCAGUGAAGAGAAAGCUCUUCGAGAGGUGGAGGCAUUAUCAGACCUCCACCACCCUAAUAUUGUCAGAUACUACACAGCUUGGAUGGAGGAUUCAGAAUACCAAUGUGACAUUUCAGCUGGAAGCUCAUCUGGCAGUUACAGCUCUUCCCAGUCUGCAGUUGAUUCAUCAGCAAAGUACCUCUAUAUGGAGAUGGAGUUAUGUGAAACAAAAACACUUAAAGUGUGGAUUGAUGAUAAGAACGCUCAGUCUCCGCAAGACUCCAAGAGAAGAAAAAAAAGUCUAAGCAUUGCUCAGCAAAUCGUUAGUGCAGUGGAAUAUAUUCACUCCAAGAAGCACAUCCACAGAGACCUUAAGCCUGAAAACAUCCUGUUUGGAGUGGAUGGAAAAGUGAAGAUUGGAGACUUCGGUCUGGUCACCGGAGAUGAUGACUCUGCUAUGAUGGACAGAACAGAGAACAAAGGAACCCGAUCUUACAUGGCUCCUGAACAAAGGGGGACGACCUAUGACCGAAAAGUGGACAUAUUUCCUCUGGGGUUGAUAUACUUGGAACUCCUUUGGAAAGUCUCUUCUGGCCACGAAAGAGUAGAGGUUUUUAAGGAAACCAGAAGUCAGAUUCUCCCCACAGGCUUUUUGCAGACUUUCCCAGAAGAGAACCAAAUCAUCAAGUUAAUGCUGCGUAAGAAGCCAGAAGACCGACCUGAAGCAAGUGAACUGAAGGCAGAUCUGGAGGAGUUGGCUCAGACAUUCGCAAAAAUAAUUUUGCAAAAUGUUACCGCCUAAUAAUCACAAGGAA